AUGGCUUGUCCAUUGUCUGCAGACCAUUUGAAAAAUUUAAAGCUUUUUAUUGAUGUUUGCAAAAAAGAUGCCAAUAUUCUUCACCAUCCAGAUUUAAAUUUUUUUAAAAAUUAUAUUGAAUCAUUAGGUGGAGUUGUUCCACCAAAAAAAUGUAAAGAAAGCAAAGAAAACAUUGAAACCGAAGUCAAGGAUGAGAAAACAAAACCAGAUGUUGAAGAAGUCGAGUCGGAAGAAAGUGAAGUAGAAUUGGAUUAUGAAGGAGUAAUUGAACCAGACAAUGAUCCGCCUCAACCGAUGGGUUACACUAAUCAAGAAGUUACAGAAGAUGAUAUAAAUAAAUCUGAUGAACGUAAAAGAGCUGCCAUAGAAUUAUUUUGUGAGCAAAAGUAUGAGGAAGCUAUUAAUGCAUACACUGAAGCUAUUUUGCUUAAUCCAAAUUCGGCAAUGUUGCAUGCCAAACGUGGCCAAUGUUAUCUUCAGUUAAAUAAACCAAAUGCUUGUGUUAGAGACUGCACUAGAGCUUUAGAAAUUAAUCCUGAUAGUGCAGCUGCUUAUAAAUUUAGAGGUAGAGCACAUCGUUUGUUGGGAAAUUUUGUUAAAGCUGCUGAAGAUUUAAGAAAUGCCUGUAAAAUUGAUUUUGAUGAACAAGCUGAUGAAUGGCUUAAGGAAGUAACUCCUAAUAAAUUUAACCAAAGCAAUGUUUUGAGUAAAACAGUAAACUAA